AUGCAUAUUAUCAAGCCUGUCUGGCUGACGCAUGGAGGAGAACGGAAAGAUUUCGAGGUCUACAGUUGCGAUGUGUCGCCCGAUGGGAAGAGACUUGUGACCGCUGCUGGAGAUGGAUACGUUCGCAUUUGGUCUACGGAGGCUAUCCACAACACCGGGAACCCGGAAUUCGCGAGCAAGCCGAAACAACUUGCUUCGAUGAGCAAUCAUUCCGGCACGAUUCAUACGGUUCGCUUUUCGCCGAAUGGGAAGUAUCUUGCUUCAGGGGCGGAUGAUAAGAUUGUCUGCGUGUACACGCUGGAUUCCAAUCCUCCUACACAUUCUACAUUCGGUUCAGACGAGGCACCUCCAGUCGAAAACUGGCGCACGAUUCGGCGGUUGAUCGGCCAUGACAAUGAUGUGCAGGAUUUGGGAUGGUCGCACGACUCGUCGAUUCUGGUCUCUGUUGGACUCGACUCGAAGGUCGUCGUAUGGUCAGGACAUACCUUCGAGAAGCUCAAGACCCUAGCAGUGCACCAGAGUCACGUCAAGGGAAUCACAUUCGACCCGGCGAAUAAGUACUUUGCGACGGCCAGCGAUGAUCGCACUGUACGCAUCUUCCGAUUCACCUCCCCCGCUCCCAAUUCGACAUCCCAUGACCAGAUGAACAACUUUGUCCUUGAACAUACCAUCUCCGCGCCCUUCGCCAACUCUCCCUUGACCGCAUAUUUCCGACGCUGUUCCUGGUCACCAGAUGGUAUGCAUAUCGCCGCUGCCAAUGCCGUCAACGGUCCGGUCAGCUCUGUUGCCAUCAUCAAUCGUGGCUCUUGGGAUGGAGACAUCAAUCUUAUUGGUCACGAAGCACCCGUUGAGGUUUGCUCAUUCUCUCCCCGCCUUUACUCUCGAGAACCAGUGAACAAGAAUCAACCCGACAACCACGCCGCGCAGCACCAUAUCACUGUGAUUGCAUGUGCAGGUGCAGACAAGUCACUCAGUGUGUGGAUCACCAGCAAUGCACGCCCGAUCGUGGUCGCGCAGGAAAUGGCCGCCAAGUCGAUCUCAGAUUUAGCAUGGAGCCCCGACGGAAAAUGUCUUUAUGCUACGGCUCUGGACGGCACUAUUGUGGUGGUGCGCUUUGAGGAUGGCGAGCUGGGCUGGGUGACGGAGAUGGAAGAGAAUGAGAAGUCACUUACCAAGUUCGGAACGAAUCGCAAGGGUGCUGGUAUCACUGAGACUACCGAUGGCCUAUUGCUUGAGGAGAAGAGCAAGGCUGGCGAACUCAAGGGCGUUGAGGGUCGCAUGGGAGCCCUGAUGGGCGAUGGCCAUGCAGAACCCGCUGUUAAUGGGGUAUCAGCGCCACAACCAUCUAAUGGUACUACUCCUGCUCGAGUUCCAUCGCCAGCUCCAGAGUCGACCAAGACUCAGACGAAUGGCACUUCUACUCCAGCCACAGAAGCGGCGAAACCAGAUCCGUAUCUAGCCAAGUUGGAGAGGUUGAAGCAACGUCCGACGUACACGAAAGAAGGCAAGAAACGCAUUGCCCCUUUGCUCGUUUCUGGAGCCGGAGCUGGAGAAUCAUCUCUUCCCCAGGCUCGUUUAAUGGCUUCUGUCAGCAGUCAGGUGAAAUCAGAUGCUCUUACAUCACUUGUUGACCUUUCCAAGCCAUUUGAUGGCCUGCCAAAGGGUGGGUUGACCGCGCUACUAUUCGGAAAUAAGCGCAAACUUGCGCAGUUGGAGGGUGACGAAGAAGGACAGACUGAGAAGCGUAUAGCGGUUGCCAGUCAGAAUGGUGCCACUCCCAUCAUGGCCAACACUCUCGAUGGCCUACUGCCAACGAUCGUUCAGCCUCCAGCAACUGGUCAACAGCCAACUCCCGACUUUAUUCGACCUGCAGUCACUAAUCCGUGCAUGUCCAUUAGCCAGGUUCGACUGGCAGUGCCCAAGAUUCGCAGUCACAUUCUACGUGCACUCGAUCCUAACGGGAAGCCUACAGAGCCUCCUGCCCAAGCAGGGGACUCGAAUGCAAAAGACAAGGGCCGCAUCGAUGUGGUCUUUGAAGCACGAAACCCUUCACCGGCCAGUCUGACUGGACGAGCAGUGGACCGUGAGCCUGUUCGUCUGACACUCUUCCGCGGUGAACAGCCUCUGUGGCAAGACUUUUUGCCCAAAUCUGUGCUCCUCGUCACGGGUAACCAGAAUCUGUGGGCAGCUGCUUGCGAAGAUGGUUCUAUAUACCUCUGGACGCCAGCAGGCCGACGCUUGGUGAGCGCACUGGUCUUGGAAGCACAGCCGGUUAUCCUGGAAUGCAAUGGUCCCUGGAUUCUGUGCAUUUCAUCGGUGGGGAUGUGCUAUGUCUGGAAUGUGAAGCACCUAUCCUCCCCCCAUCCACCCGUCUCCCUUCAGCCCGUUCUUGACGCAGCUAUCCACACACUCGGCGGAAAUCCCACUGCAGCACCCGCUGUCACAGACGCGCGUAUCAACUCCGAAGGUCGGAUAGUUGUCUCGCUGACAAACGGCGAGGGCUACUCGUACUCACCAGCUAUGUAUACAUGGCAACGCGUCUCGGAGGCUUGGUGGGCCGUCGGCAGCCAAUAUUGGAACUCUACUGAUGCGCCAGUGGGUAACCUGCAAGCCAGAGAAGCCAACAAGGAUACCAAGGAUGCCAAAGCCGCCGUCUCUGCUGGUAUCAUUCCUUUCCUGGAGCGCAACACCACCAACGAAACCCUCCUGCGUGGUCGGGCAUACUUCCUGCAACGCCUGAUCAAGGUGUUACUCUCGCGUGAAGGCUACGAGACUUUCGAGUCCAGCGUUUCCAUCGCCCAUCUCGAGAACCGCAUGGCGGCUGCUUUGUCACUGGGUGCCAAGGAGGAGUUCCGGCUGUACCUGAAUAUGUAUGCCAAGCGCAUCGGUGCAGAAGGGUUGAAGGGGAAAGUUGAAGAGUUGCUGAAAGGGUUGAUUGGCGGAUUGUUUGAUGACGAGGAUGGAUCAGAGACUAUUUCCAAGUUGCAGGCUAAUGAGCGCGAGGGUCGCAAUUGGCGCGAGGGCUCGGAUGAUCUAUGUGGCUGGCCACGGGAGACCUUGUUGAAGGAGGUCAUUCUUGCUCUUGGUAAAUAUCGCGAACUGCAGCGUGUCACAGUGCCCUACGCCAAGCUCCUUGAUAUGGUUGAUACCGCCUCCGAAGCUGGCGAUGCGAUGGAUCUAUAA